AUGGCUUCAUUAGGUUCUCUGUCUCUUGAUAAAAAAGUUAUAUGUGAAGAAUGCAAUAAUGAGUGGAAUUUGGUUAAAAAAUUUCCUAAAGAAGAAAUUGAAGAUAAAAUAUCAAGAUAUCUAAAUACUCCAGUACAAUUGCGAGGAUGUAUAACAUAUGUUCCAAGUAGACAAUCCCAGCUAUCAUCGUCGUUGUUAUCGCCAAUACCUGAAUUACCAAAAUCUGAUGAACAAAUUCAUUACAAUGCUGUGGCACAAAAAGCAGCAUCUGCUAAAAAAAAAGAAUUGGAAAAAGAAUUGGAUGAAUUACAAGUCAUGGCAAGAAUUACUAUUAAUCCUGAGUAUAAUAGAAAUUUUUCUUCCAAGAUUUCUGAUAUAAAAAAACCUGAAACUAAUUCAGCUAUUGUUGAAGACUUCUCUAUGCUUUCAUCUUCGCUUGGAAUAACCGAUCACGAAUCUAUCGCUAUUGCUGUUGCUCUUGAUUAUAUCUCGGAUUAA